AUGGCGUGGCACGGACGGGCAUGGCGUGCGAGUUCUGCUGCGUUCACGCGCUGCACGCGCAGUGCCUCUUCGUGGAGUGAUGUCGUCACGACGGCGAAGAAGGUGGUGGCCAGUGAUGGAGCUGAGGCGUCCAUGACGCGCGACCCGCUGGAGGUCGUGGGACAGGAUCUGUCGUCGCUGCGGCACAACAUUGCGACGCUGCUUGGCAGUGGUCACCCAUCGCUUGAUCGGAUUGCCAAGUACUAUUUUGCUGCGGAGGGCAAGCAUGUGCGUCCGAUGAUCGUGCUGCUUAUGUGCAAGGCCACCAAUGGCCUCAGUGCGACGUGGCACACACAGCGCGCCGCGGCGGUCGGUGAGCACGUCGACAUUCCGAUGACGCGAGCGAGUGUGCUGAAUGAUGCGAAUCCGAGUGCGGCGCAUCCGCAUGCGCCCGUGGCAGCGGCGCCGCGGACGACGCCGUACGUGCCGACGCUGCAAUCGACCAUUCUUCCGACGCAGCGGCGCCUGGCCGAGAUCACCGAGAUGAUCCACGUGGCGUCGCUCCUUCAUGACGAUGUGAUUGACGAGUCGCCGUUGCGGCGUGGUGCGCCGUCGGCGCCGUCGUCGUUCGGCAACAAGCUCAGCAUUCUUGGUGGCGACUUUUUGCUGGGCCGUGCAUCGAUUGCCUUGGCGCGCCUGCGAGAUCCCGAGGUGACUGAGCUCAUGUCGACGGUGAUUGCGAAUUUGGUGGAAGGGGAGGUCAUGCAGCUCAAGUCGAUGGCGUCUGACCAGGUGCCGGUGACCGACGUGCAAUCGGCGCGUCCAUCCGCCGAGGUCAUGGAGCGCUUCUGGCACGCCUAUGACCAGGCGCCGGCAGGCCGGGACGAUGCGCCCUCGGCUGCGUUGUUCGAGUUCUACCUGCAAAAGACGUACCUCAAAACAGCCUCGCUGAUGGCCAAGUCGGCGCGCUCAGCGACGGUCCUGGGCGGCUGUGGCACAUGGUCGAAUCAGUUGGCAUCUAUGACGGCGGACGAGCGCGCGAGCGCUGCGGCUGUGUGCGAUGCCGCGUAUACGUUUGGGCGGAACGUGGGUAUUUCGUUCCAGCUCGUGGACGAUCUGCUCGACUUCCACGCCACGACGGAGGCGUUCGGCAAGCCCUCCGGUGGGGCCGACCUGAAGUUGGGCCUGGCCACGGCGCCGGUGCUGUAUGCAUGGCAGCAGUACCCCGACUCGAACCUGGGCACCCUGGUCCAGCGCCGCUUUGCGCAGCCCGGCGAUGUCGAGCAGGCACUCGCGCUUGUGCACAAGUCGGAUGGCCUUUCACGCACGGCGGCCCUCGCCCGAUACCAUGCAGACACAGCUCAGCAGGCGCUCCUGACCCUGCCCCCGAGCGACGCACGUGCUGCCUUGGAGAAGCUCAAUCACCAGAUUAUCACGCGGGCCAGGUAG